AUGGAUGCUUUCAUAUCCAGGAAGCGACCGCGGCUCUUAAAUCCGAGCGAGGAGGCCAAGCCCGAGUCAUCAGAUCCCCACGAAGACACCACUGAUACCAAGCUAGCAAUACUGCUCUCUCUCUUCCCGACUAUCAAACAAGAUGAGCUAUUGGAAAUACUGGUAUCCUGCGAAGGGUCUGUGGAGAAUGCUGCUGGACUUCUCUCCGAGAAAGGCUCCACGGCAGGCACACUUGUCACCAAAAAGCGAGCUGCUGUUACCUCAUCAUUCGGAAUGCAGACAUCUCUCUCAUCGCAUAUUCUUACAAAAGCUGAAGACGGAAGCAUGAAACCUUUGAAUGAAUGUGCGAGUAAGAAAAUCAUUCCCCUCCCACAAAAGGGCAAAACGUUACACCUCUACUCGCCUGAGGAUAUUGCCACCUACACACCUUGUACUAUCAUCCACAACUUCCUACCAGCUAAAGAAGCAAAUACACUUCUACUUGAAUUACUUGAUGAAUCUAAACACUUUUCUCGGUACGACUUUCAACUCUUCAACCGCACCGUCCAGAGUCCCCACACACACGCCGUGUACGUCUCUACGCCCGAAGAACACCGGCAACAGACGUCAGAAUACACAUACGGUGGCACAUAUCGGUCAAAUGUGCGCCAGGUAACACCUCAGCUACGGUUAGUGUCACGCCAAGUACAGAACAAUGUCAACAGCGAGAUCAACAAACGAAUUCGAGACAUCUAUCCAGGCGGAAAGAAGUUACAGUACCAGUCACCAAAGGAGUGGCGGCCCAACGCAGCAUUCGUUAAUUGCUACGACGGGCCGACCGAAAGCGUGGGAUAUCACUCUGACGAACUGACCUAUCUUGGGCCCCACCCAGUGAUAGGAAGCUUGAGCUUGGGCGUGGCACGCGAAUUCCGAGUCCGCCGAAUAGUAGCCCGAGACGACGAGACUGCGGAAGAAGAUCAAGAUGCGGAUAAGACUAGUCCAGUCCCAAAAUUUGCGCGAAACCAGACUGCAUCAGCUGCACGGGCUGACGCCCAAGGCCAAAUCUCGAUCUAUCUUCCGCACAAUUCUCUCCUUAUUAUGCACGCAGAGAUGCAAGAGGAGUGGAAACACUCCAUUACCCCGGCUCAAGCUAUCUCCCCACAUCCGAUAUCCGGUAACAGACGUAUCAAUAUCACCUAUCGUUGGUAUCGUGAUACUCUACACCCACGCUACACUCCACGUUGUAAGUGUGGUGAACAUACGAUUCUCCGGUGUGCACAACGCAAGCAUGAGACACGAGGCAGAUAUAUGUGGAUGUGCUAUGCUGGUUUUGCACCAGGAAAGGAAGGGUGUUCGUUCUUUCAGUGGGCUGAGUUUGACGAUGAUGGGGAUCCGGUUUGGGGAAAGAAAGCCAUCCUGGACCACGCCCCUGCUUUAUCGAAUUUCUCAGCAUCUCAAUAG